CAGCUUGGUGCGCACACCGAAAAAAUAGUCAAAGAGAAACGCAUGAGAGGGAGACCAAGGAAAGUUCCUGGUGAAGAGAGAAAGCCUAGAAUUAUCAUAGGCAAAAGAAAGGCCACAUCGAAGAAGAAAAAUAAUGCCGCCAACAGGGGAUUUCCUGUCAAAUUUCCAAAAAGCUUAAUGCCAGACAUGAAUCUUUCUCAGAACCAGCAAAAAUUUGAAAAUUUUCGUCUAGGCAUUGUUGACAAAGACGGAGGUCAGAAAAUUAUUGAGCUGAACUGUGAUACUGUUAAAACGGCCCAGCCUAAUAACAGUAAUACACUGUGGUCUCAUACUGAUGCUGGUACUGAAGGUCAAAAAGUGUGUACAACUCCUGUUAAAAAAAAGGAAACGCCGUAAGUCUUUUUCUAUUAUCUCCUUAAAAUUUUAUUUAAUUUUAAUCACCACAACAUAUUUUACAUUAUUUGUUUGUGUUCUUUACUCAGAAAAACCAAAAUACAAUAGCUUCCUUGAUACAAAAUUUUUCAGGCUCAAAUUAAUAUUUUACUUUUUUUCAUUCAUCUCAUCAAAUUAAAUUUUUGUACCCUCUAAGUUGUUUUUGUAAAACACUGAUUUUCUUACUGCAUUAUGUUGUGCUCUUGCGGGUCCUCUGGAAACAUUUGGGCUAUUUAAUCCGGGUGAGCAGUCUGCCCUAGUUUGUAUCACAUAGUCUCUUAGAGACAUGUAUCUGGAUUAACUUGCGGUUAGUGCUACCCAAUCACCAGAAUGGCUUUUAGCAAGUGAGAUAUUUCACUGCGUUUGUCAGCUUUAUCAGCCAAUAUUUAUGCCUGUUAGUCUUCUGCUGUAAUUGGCUAUUUACAACAGUCCUUGAUGUUGGUAUUGAAGUGGAAGAUUUGGGGUAGACCAAUUUCUGCCCAGAUAGGUUGGAAUGGAAAUUUCAAUAAUUAGGUACAUGCUAUUGAACAUGUACAAAUCAUUAGAUCAUUAAUAAAUUCGAUUUAAUUUUAAAUAAGAUUUCUCUAUUUAUUUUUUUACCUUGUUAAUAUAAUAAAUUAUUUAUUUAGAUUGGAAUUGGACACAACAACUGCAGAUCCUAACCAAAUAGCUAGUUCUAAAAACCAGAGUAAUGAUAUAUCCAAACUGUUUGGUAAGUGAAUUUUCUAAAAGAUAAAUGUAAGAAAAAUGUGCUGUUGGAUCUUUGUUUAAGCUCUUUGUUGUUAUAUAUAUAUAUAUAUAUAUAUAUAUAACCUUUGAGGCCAUCUUAUCAAAAUUUAAAGAAAUAUGUUACUUCUGAAAAUGGCAAGGAUAAACAUCAUAUGGCAAGGUUAACAUAAUAAUGCAUGGAUAAAUAUCAUACAGCAAGGUUGGACAUCACAAUUUCUAAAAUGUUGCUUAUUGUGUAAUAAAAGUUAUGUUCAAAUUAUGCUAUUUGUAAAUAAAUCAUAUAGAUUUGUGGUCUUUUAGUCCCAUCCCAGGCAAUUAUUAAGACACCGCCCACUACGAUUACACUGCCAUCAAUCUCCUCGCUGGAGAAGGACUAUGAGUUGGCCAGUUUGAUCCCAUCAUGUCCCCCGGUAAUCGGAGAUGUAAAGAAUGACCAGUUCUUCAUACCCCAGUCAACAUUUGAUCAGGAUGGAAAGGUUGUUUUCAUUAUUUUUAUCAAACACACCAAUCUAAAGCUUGUCUUACCAGUUUGCACUGAGUUUCUUAGACAUCAAUCAAAGAUAUCCAACUUAAAAUAUGUUUUUUAAAGGAGUGGUAGUUGCAUUUUUAUUUAUUUUUAUUUUUGCAUCCUGACCUUCUUUAAAAAGUAUUAUUAUUCAAUUAGCUUGAUGAAUAUGUUUUUAUGAUAGAGGAAUAUGAAUGAGAAAGGUUGUGUUUAAAACAUAAACAUAAUGGAGUGACAGAAGGCAUUUUUAUUGUGUCUCUUAUGUUAAAAUCAGUUUAUUUUUUAUAACUACUUCAUCAUCGUAUCGCUAAUGGAAAUUAUGUCUUUCUUUUAUUAUAGACAAGCAUGAUCAUAGUUGGUCCUUUCUGUAUGGUUUGUGAUCCUAAACCUCGACUUGUACUGGUCUCACCAGAGCAGCAAAAGAAAGGCCCCACCAUGAUUCUCAGAAGAAAAAUACAUUCGCCAAGCAACACUCCUCCACGAGGUAUUUGAGCUGUUAUAUAUGGGUCCCAAUAAGUUGAGGUUAUAAAUUUUUUUUUGUUGAAUAUUUUAGUAACAAGAAAUAAAUGCGAUUUUGUCAGUAUUUAAAUUUUUUAAAAUCAACUUAGCUUCAAGUACUUUAAUUCUGAUUAAAAUUAGUUUUUUUCUUAUUAAUGGAUAAUGGAUAUGCUCGUUGCCAUUAGAAUUUUAAAAAUAUAAUAAAAGAACAAUUGCUGUCUUUUAGCUUUUUAAAAAAAUUUCUUUUAGGUAUUUAAAAUUUUUCUUAAUUUCAUUGCAAUGUUGCAUGCAAUGUUAUUCAGAUUCAUUGAAAUAAAUUUCAGAUUUUAGAAUUCACAAAGGUACAAGGUAUCUCCGUCAGUCUGAGAAAGUUUCAUUUGAGGCUAAAAGUGGAGAUCAUGGUGACCCAGCCACUGUCUUGCAUGACCAUGACUAUAUGACCCCACUUGAACUCAGGGAUAAUGUGAGGCGGUACUGUAAAGCUGUAGCAAAGCACAGUGCCAAUGCCAGGUUUAUUGAUGCAAGGUAUAUUCAAAGAUAGCUUAGCCCAGUAGUUUUAUUUAACAGAAGUAAACGAGUGGAUAACUUGGAUUUAUUAUAAUAAUAAAGGUUUAUAAAAUAAAGUCUGUGUGUGUAAACAAUGAAGGUUUCAGACAUUUCAAGGUCCUGAAUAAUAAUAAAAAAAGUAUUUUUUAAAUGGGGUUAAGGACUCUGGACAAAUAAUUUAAAUAUUUGAAUGGAUUAUAUUAAAUUUCAAAAGCUCAAUGCGGGGGAGAGGAAAGUCCUCAGAAAUAUAUAGAGUCCACUGUUGGGUGAUGAUGUUUGGAGAAUUUGUACAGAUCAAGAGUUACAUCACUGUUUAAAGACCUAUUCAAUAUCGCAGCAUUUUAAAAAGGCAGGCUGCUCUGGACAGUACACCUCGAGUGGGUAAAAGAUUAUAAAGUAUCAAAAGUGUUCUAUAGACAGAAACAAAGGGGCAGUUGGCUCACCAGUACACCAAAGGCUGAGACAUAUGAUAAGGUGAGCAAGGAUUUAUAUCAGCUAGGGGUCCAGGCAUGGAUCUUUCCAAAUGGAGGAAUGUGGUGGAGCAGGCAAGAGCCCUACAUGGGCUGUGCUGUAUCUCCAUUGAUGAUGAUGAUUUUAUUUCAAACUGUGAACUAAAAGAGGAUCUCAUAGCGAAAAAGAAAAACCUACAUUUAUUUUAAAAUAACAGUGCUCACAUUUAUUUUGAGGCACUAGUUUAUUUUUGUUGAUAAUGAAAAUGUUUGAAGAUCACUACACUGGAAUAUUAGCUAUCUUUUAGAUCUUAAUCUUUUCAUGAUGCAGCCCAAGCUCUAUUUUAGAUCUUAAUCUUUUCAUGAUGCAGCCCAAGCUCUUUUUUAGAUCUUAAUCUUUUCAUGAUGCAGCCCAAGCUUUAUUUUGGAUCUUAAUCUUUUCAUGAUGCAGCCCAAGCUCUAUUUUAGAUCUUAAUCUUUUCAUGAUGCAGCCCAAGCUCUAUUUUAGAUCUUAAUCUUUUCAUGAUGCAGCCCAAGCUCUAUUUUAGAUCUUGAUCUUUUCAUGAUGCAGCCCAAGCUCUUUUUUAGAUCUUAAUCUUUUCAUGAUGCAGCCCAAGCUCUAUUUUGGAUCUUAAUCUUUUCAUGAUGCAGCCCAAGCUCUUUUUUAGAUCUUAAUCUUUUCAUGAUGCAGCCCAAGCUCUAUUUUAGAUCUUAAUCUUUUCAUGAUGCAGCCCAAGCUCUAUUUUAGAUCUUGAUCUUUUCAUGAUGCAGCCCAAGCUCUAUUUUAGAUCUUGAUCUUUUCAUGAUGCAGCCCAAGCUCUUUUUUAGAUCUUGAUCUUUUCAUGAUGCAGCCCAAGCUCUAUUUUAGAUCUUAAUCAUUUCUUGAUGCAGCCCAAGCUCUUUUUUAGAUCUUGAUCUUUUCAUGAUGCAGCCCAAGCUCUAUUUUAAAUCUUAAUCAUUUCUUGAUGCAGCCCAAGCUCUUUUUUAGAUCUUGAUCUUUUCAUGAUGCAGCCCAAGCUCUAUUUUAGAUCUUAAUCAUUUCUUGAUGCAGCCCACUCAAGAUAAAUGUUUGCAAUUAUUCCCUGAUUACAUAUUUUGAUGAUUUUAGGGUGGAGGACAUUAGAGAAAGAGAGGAUAACUAUGUUGUAACCAUCAAGGGAGACAAUAUGCUCAGACGUGUGAAAGAUUUGCCAAGUCCAUCACAAGCUCCUAUGCACAACAAUGAGGUAAAUUUUAGGCAGCAUCAAUAUUUUUUAGACCAACAUUGUCACAGUUAGGCUAGGCAUUCAUGUUUUGUCGAGUUAAGAAAGUUUUUCUUUAGGUAUUAAACUUAAAGCCAGACCUGUGUACUCUUACGAUUUUUUGCACAAUGUAUGAUUUUGAGAUGUCUUUUAUGAUUGUACACUAAGACUUGUCAGAACUGCAAUUUUACAAGACCAGGUUUUAAAAUUUAUUCCGAUGGUUUUUAGGAUUUUAAAAAAUUAAUAAAUGAAGAAAACAACUCCUUUACCUUUUUAGCUUUAGCUCUUCUCUAUCUGGCGUUGAAUGGACAGAGAAAUACGAUUGGAUUGAAACAGUAUAUAAUUAUUAUAUUAUAUUAAUAUAUUACGUAAGCACUGAGAGGGGGAAAGGGGGAUGGUGUUGAUUUGGAAGCGUACAAGUGUGCAUGGGAGGGCUAGUCGGACGUGUCUAAAUAUUUUUUGAAGGCUAUGAAAUAACACCACCACCUUUCGUAAGACCAAUCUGAGUCUGGCAAGCAUUUCGUACAGUGCCCAUCUUUAGCUGAUGUGCUCAGCAGAUCCUGCGUGGGAAAACCUCUGUGCAUAAGUAUGCCUGUGUGUGACAACUUAUGCACAAUCUUUCUGUGUAAAACUGAUUUUUUUUUUGUCUGGCAACUUCAAGAAGGGGAAACUAGCCCUGUACAACUUGCAGCCAUGAGUAUCACUAUAUUUUGUGCGGGUAUCUUUACAUUAUAAUAUCUUAUUAAAUUUUAUUUCACACAAGUGAGCCAUAACUCAUGUUUUUUUCCAUGAAAUAGUUUUGUUCCCAAAUGUGUCUGAAUGAGCUCUUACUGACUAAAAAUGUGAUGGCGUUCAAAGUAUGUAUUCUAAUUUAGACGGUCACCACCAAAUGAUUUUCCACUGUAUAUCCGUUUCAGGAUGGGAUGCCUGUUGUAUACAAUCUGAGUCAAAUUGAGACAUCAGCACUACAUAGAGCCGAGCUUGUUGCCAAAAGAGAGGAAAUGGGUAGGUCACCUUUGGCUCUGAAUUUAUGAAUGUACCCCUCAGUAACACAAGCCUAGUUUUUUUUUUGGGUACUGUUUUUAAUCAUUAAAUUGAAAAUACAUGAUAAAUAAUGCACUCCAUGCAGCAAGAACACCUUCCAUUUAAGAGUCCUUAACCUAUAUUUUGUGAAACAUCUACUGGUAAUGCAAUUUAAACAGGAUUAAUAAACUACUUCUCAAACUUCAUUAAUGGGAGAGGAUUUACUUUUUGUGUCAUUUAUGUUUUUAUAAGCACAAACUACAGAGGAAUCUCCCUAUUAAAUGUUACAUACAAAAUACUGACGAAACUUAUUGCCAAAAGACUACAACCUUACACUGAAGAAAUACUAGGUGAUUACCAAUGCGGAUUCAGGCCUAACAGAUCAACGACUGAUCAGAUUUUCACCAUCAGAUGCCUGUUAGAGAAAUGCUAUGAAUUUAAUAUACCAGUACAUCAACUCUAUGUCGACUAUAAAAUGGCCUAUGACAGCAUCAAAAGAAACUAUUUAUAUGAGACUCUACAGGAGUUUGGGAUACCCAACAAACUGACAAGGCUAAUACAUGUAACACUAAACAACUCAAAAAGCAAAAUCAAGAUUCAAGGAGAAUAUUCAAGGGAAUUUCAUAUUAGACGAGGCCUAAGACAGGGAGACUCACUGUCUUGUAUGCUCUUUAACCUAACAUUGGAGAGAGUUAUUAGAAACAUACACAUUGACACUCGAGGAACGAUAACAGGAUACUUUCUGAGGGAAACUCAAGACCCACAACCAACGGGCACACUCUACAACCAACCACUUCAGUAUCUUGCAUAUGCUGAUGACAUAGCACUUCUAAGGAAAAGUAUAAAAGACAUAUCAAAAUCCUUUAUUGAAUUAGAAGAUGCAUCUUUACAAGCAGGGCUGGAAGUUAACAACCAAAAAACAAAAUACAUGACCAUGAUAAGAGAGGAACAAACAGAUGAAACAAUUAAAAUUAGAAACCAAACUUUUGAAAAAGUAAAUCAAUUCAAAUACCUAGGAUCCUUGUUAAAUGAAAGAAACUAAUUACUAACAGAAAUAAAAGAAAGAAUAUCAGCCGGAAACAGGGCAUACUUCAGUAGUCAGAAAAUACUCAAAAGUAAAAACAUUACAAGAGAAACAAAGAAAACUAUUUAUAAAACUGUGAUCAGACCAGUUGUAACAUAUGCAAGUGAAACUUGGACCCUAACAAAAACAGCAGAAAACCUAUUAAACACAUGGGAGAGGAAAGUACUCAGGAAAAUAUAUGGGCCAACAAAGGAUGAAUAUGGAUGGAGAAUACGAACCAACCAGGAAUUAUACAGUCUAUAUCAGGAUCCUACGAUAGUGGCAGAAAUUAAAAGAGGCAGGCUACGCUGGGCAGGACACCUAGAGAGAAUGCCAAAUGACAGAGGAACGAAGAGGGUACAUCACCAAUACCCCAGAGGAAAAAGGCUCAAAGGCAGACCUAGGCUUAGGUGGAUAGAUGAUGUAGAAAAAGAUCUACAGCAGCUGAAAGUACAAGCAUGGAAAAGAAAGGCAUUAGUUAGGUCUGAGUGGAAGGAAGUAGUGAGGCAGGCCAAAGCCCUACAUGGGCUGUAGCGCCACAGGGAUGGAGGGAUGGAUGGAUGUUUUUAUAAGUUUAAAUUUAGGUUUAAGGUAGAUACCGUUUGAAAAAUAAAUGUUCUCGCUAGAUUUAUUUUAACCUUAUUUUAGGUGUGUCUCACAACAAAUCAUCGUUUUUUUUUUGUAGUUGUUUUUUUAAAAAAUCAUCUACCAUGACUUAAAACUAAUGACUUUGUAUUUUUUGCCAGUGCAAGAGUCCAAGCAAACUGGUGACUACAGCCAAGUCCUAUUCCCUCUGUCAGCCAUUGGAGAUGUUGUCAUGGAAGUCCUCAUCCCACCCGGGGGAACAGAGUUUCUACCAAGGCCAAAGGUCAAGAACCAAGAA